UCACGCCAUCUUUUCUUUGCCAAAACUCUCUAGAAAAAAGAAAGCAGAAAUGUGUUCAAAGGUCAGCGCCUUUUGCAUGAUCGUCUUCCUCCUCUUCUUCACAUUAUCAGGUGCCGCUGCAGCCCGCCCAGGACCUGCGUCUGCUCUUCAAUAUGCUAAUACUCCAAUCAGAACUCAACAUCUGGAUAGCGAAGCAGAGAAGGUUCAGGUGGAGGAUAGCUGCGAGGGAAUUGAGAAAGAAGAAGAAGAAGAAGAGUGCUUGAUGAGAAGAACACUCGCAGCUCACGUUGAUUACAUCUAUACCCAGAAGACCAAGCCAUGACGAUCGACCUCUCUUCAUGUUUUCACGAAAGUUAUUUAUUCAUAAACUUGUUUCUUCAUUUGUAUCAUGUUCUUUCUAUCAGGUUCGGAUAGUUUUUCAUUUUCAACUUCAGGGAGGUUUUAGUGGAUAAAUAUAUAA